AUGAACUUGAAUCUGCAUAAUCUCAACCAUUGCAAUUCUUUAACGUCUUUCCAUUCAGCCAUCCAAAGUCAACAUCAGAACCAAGUUCGAGCAUCACCUAAGGACAACAAGAAAAAUAAUUUAAAGCCUGAAAUAUUUACAAAGUUAUCGAUGAAUUUAGAGAUCAUUUGUGUAAUUUUAACAUGA